GGGGGCAGUAGUAGGGUAUGUGUGUGAUUGUGAGUGUGGUUAAAGCUCGCCGAGCAGCAGGAACUCAGAAACUUCACUGUGUUCAACUCAACGAGGGAGAUUUUUGACCGGAGAUUUUGACGGUUUAGGAGCCGACUCGGCUGCUUUCAGUCCAGCUGUGAUCGACGGAGGAGGACCCGGUCCCCGGUUCUCAGCAUUGGAACGAUUUCCGGCCAACAUGGAUGAUUUAGAUGCUUUGUUGGCGGACCUUGAGUCCACAACAUCCCACAUUUCCAAGCGCCCACUCUUCCUGUCUGACGACACCGCCUACUCCAUCCCUGUUGGGGGUCAGAUCCAGCAAGACAUCUGCUCCCCACCCCAAGUCCCAUCAACCUCUGAGCUAAACGGACUAGAUGAAACAGAGUCCUUCAGCUCAGCUCAGAGAAGUCCCUGGUCUAGAGAAAGCAGCAGUCCAACCCAACCCACUGGUGAAGAGGACCACGUUUACAGCUUCCCUAAUAAGCAGAAGAAUAGUGACUCAUCAGCUGUUGCCAUGAACUCGUCCUUGGGGAGCAACCUGUCUGAGCUCGACCGCCUGCUGUUGGAGCUCAAUGCUGUCCAGCAGAGCACCCCUGCCUUCCCCACAGAAGAAGAAACAGCACCACCACUGCCUGCAUGCAGCAUCAUCCACCAUAUCCAGGAGAAUGGAAUCUCUAAUGCUGGCAAAGUGGCUCCACCUGUGUUACUGAAGCCUAAACGUGGUGUAGCAGCUCGAGGAAUAGAGGAUGUACGACCGAGUGUAGAGAGUCUUCUAGAUGAGCUGGAAAGUUCUGUUCCCUCACCUGUUCCCACACCAUUGGUUGUGUCAGACGAACAAACAGAUGGACAAGAGGAAACACCUUCACAACAGCAAGCCAGGAUGUCUGCCUCCUCUGCCACACGAGAGCUGGACGAGCUAAUGGCCUCCCUGUCUGACUUUAAGGUCCAAAGCAAUUCUGGUUCUCAGUUGUCAGUGAAUCAAGAACCAGUUGGAGACCCUUCUUGUCUUUCUGGUUCACCAGUUGUCCCAGCAGUAACCACCCCAUCUAUAUAUCCUAACAUUGAUUUAGUUGAUACUCCUCUGCCUUUAAGUUACGAUACUCCCUCCUCUACCCCUCUUCCUCUGGAGCUGCAUAUAGAUGAGGAUGGUUGUUCUGCCCCCAUGUCCUCAGCUGGGUCCGCUGUAGUAAUGUCAUCAUCCAAGAGCCUUCAGUACUCCCAGAUUCAACAGAUAGACGAUAGUGUCAGUGUAACUUCUAAGAUCUCUACAGUGGAGACCAUUAGUAUCUCUGGUACCAGAAAGCCUCUUAGUCCAUCUGAAGUUUCUGAUGGUAAAUUCUCAAGUCCACCUGGAAAGAGCUUAAGUCCAGUUAAUGUUGGAAAGCGUUCCAGUCCGGUAACCACCACCCAGUGCUCCAGUCCAUCAGUUGUUUCAAACAGCCCUAGUCCUGUUACUGUGUCAUCAAAACCCAGUCCCAUUCUUAGAGCCAAAAGUCCUAGCCCCCCUGAUCUGAAAUGCCCCAAGAGUCCAAGCCCAGUCCCUAAAAGCUAUAGUCCAAUCCGUAUCAGUAAUAGUCCAGAAUCACCCACUAAGACCAGUCCAGUCACAGUUCCAAGGCUAUCAAGUCCAGUUCCACAAAGUGCAAGUCCUGUGACAGUCCCUAUUAUCUCUAGUCCUGUAACCAUCCCAAAGAGUACUAGUCCUGAAACAGUUCCCAAGAGUGCUAGUCCCGUGUCAAUUCCAAGACUUUCAAGUCCAGUUCCAAAGACUGCAAGUAAUUUACCCAAAACGUCUAGUCCUGAAACAUUGUCAAAGAGCACAUGCCCAGUAAUUCUCCCAAGGCUUUCGAGUCCAGUACCAGUCAUAAAUACUGAAACCGCAGCUCCUAAGAGUCCUGCGUCAGUCAUCAGAAACAAUUAUACUGUACCAUCUACAAGCAGUCCCAGUGCUUCGUCAGUUGCUGUUCCUUCAAGAAGCCUCUGUCCCCCUCUAACAGAAAAGCAAGGGGGUGAAAUAAUGGAUUUAACUUGGCCAUGCCGGGAGCCUUUAUUGGACGAUACUUUAGACAAACUUUUAGCCUCUGACUCUACCCAACUGAGUGACAACCAGCCAUCUGCCAAUGUUAUGCCUGGAGUUGAAGACAGAUCCUGGGAGGAAGAAGACGGAAUUUACCCUGAACUCAGCCGAGAGGGAACUCUGACACCCAUGACUGAGUCCAGCUGGAUAGAUGAGUGUUUGACCCCCUCCUCCUGCCCCGGGACACCAGAUGCAACGCUGGACCUGCCCAUGCAGCAGCUCUCUGCUGUUGAGCGACUAUCUGCUUCUGGCCAACUCAAGUCGGUUAUCCGCCGCACCAAAGAGACCUCCAAUGUGCAUCCAAUGUACAAGGACGGAAUGUUGCGACGUAAAAUGGGACCGGUCAUUGUGAAUAAGAGCAACUCUCAAGACAGACUUAUUGAGGAGUUGCAGGGUAAGCUGGGAAUUGGGCGAGUAGAGCGCAUGCGUAAGCAGCACUCAGAUGAUUGGCUGACAGAGGGAGUCAUCGUAAUGUCCAACCCACUGCGAACACGGGAAGAAGGGGCCAAGCCUGCUGUGGAUAAGAAAAUCAUCAUCCCUCCAGAAUCACCUGUCCCACAGAGAAAAGUUCUCCCCCCUCCGCAAUCUCCUCCACCACCCAAAAAGCCACCCCCAGUCAAGCAGACUCCUCCACCACUACCUCCCCCCCCUCCAACCCCUCCCCCUCCUCGAGAACCAACCCCUCCUCCCCCCAAGGAGCCUACUCCUCCCCCCAGGGAGCCCACACCUCCCCCUGUCCAGCCUUCUCCAUCGCCUAGCCCCCCUCCCAAGCCCGUCACUCCUCCUCCACCCCCCAAGGUCUAUGUAUCAGUGGGUUGUCAGACUGAGUACGACCCCAUCUUUCCACCGAUGCAGAUCCAGUCACAAGGAAAGACUUCUCCCACGGGCCCCCCCAAACCUGCCAACAAGCUGGACAACAUGCUGGGAAGCCUGCAGUCCGAUCUCAACCGACUCGGAGUCCAGACGGUGGCUAAAGGUGUCUGUGGAGCCUGCAAGAAACCCAUUGUUGGACAGGUGGUGACAGCCAUGGGCAGAACAUGGCACCCUGAGCACUUUGUGUGCACCCACUGCCAGGAGGAGAUUGGAUCCAGAAACUUCUUUGAGCGUGAGGGGCAGCCUUACUGUGAGAAAGAUUACCACAGCCUGUUCUCGCCGAGAUGCCACUACUGCAACGGACCCAUACUGGAUAAAGUAGUGACUGCUUUGGACAAGACUUGGCAUCCGGAGCAUUUCUUCUGCGCCCAGUGUGGAGCCUUCUUUGGACCAGAAGGUUUCCAUGAGAAGGAUGGAAAGGCAUUCUGCAGGAAAGACUACUUUGACAUGUUUGCCCCUAAAUGUGGCGGCUGUGUCCGUGCUAUCCUGGAGAACUACAUCUCUGCUCUGAACUCACUCUGGCACCCAGAAUGCUUCGUCUGCAGGGAGUGCUUCACGCCGUUCAUAAAUGGCAGCUUCUUCGACCACGAGGGACAGCCAUACUGCGAGGCUCACUACCACGAGCGGCGUGGCUCACUGUGCUCCGGCUGCCAGAAGCCAAUCACCGGCCGCUGCAUCACGGCCAUGGGCAAGAAGUUCCACCCGGAGCACUUUGUGUGUGCUUUCUGCCUCAAGCAGCUCAACAAAGGCACCUUCAAGGAGCAGAACGACAAGCCGUACUGCCAGGGCUGCUUUGUUAAACUCUUCAGCUAGGCCAUGUGUGUAUCAAUGUGUGUGCACAAGUCUACACGUUUAUUGACAUGACUGAGUGCAUGUGUGGGUGUGUGUCACAUGUCUAGCAUGUUUGAGUGGGUGAAGUGAUUACAGAGUCUGAGGGUGUGGAUUAUAUCAUAAAGGGGAUAAAUGUUGUUUCUGACUUUUCACCCCAUCUGUCCGACCUCUCAGGCUCGGCAUUUCACACUUUUGCUAAAGACAUUUUUAACAGAGCCCAAAGAGAUUUUUAUUUCAACUUUUAUUCCUCUGUGCAACAAAGAAAAUAAGUCCAUUUGUCCUUGUAUGUGUGUACAUUCACUAGCAUACACAGGCCAAAGUAAGACCUUAUUUGUAAAUGAUUUUAUUCCCCCCUCACAGGGCCAGACCCUGCACCAUGUGGAGGUUUUAUGCAUGGACCAGGGGGUCAACGUUGGCAGUUUCAAAAUCCUUUGAGUGUUUAAUAUCUACUUCUUGGCCACUGAGUGUUGGAAUAAUCUGUGUAAAAGAUGUAUUUUUCUAGCUUUGGAAAUGAUUGAGGUGCCAUUGAAAUACUCCAUAUCUACAUGCACACACACAUACACUGAACUCUUUCAUUUCUCUAAAGCUGCGGUUCAAACUCUUUGCACACUCCAACCACAGAUCUCUUGAUGAGACCGUCUUAAGGUGCAUUUUGCAGGUGUCAACAAGAUUAUUAUUUUUCUACUAUUUUACAAUGAAAAAGAUCAGCCUAUAUGACAUUCACAUUUGUGCUCUUGUAAAUUCAUCAUAUAACACUGAAAGUGAAAUCGAACAUCAGUAACAUCCUUGUAACAAGACCUUUUUGUUUUUGCACCCAUUUAUCUGAAUAGGUGCAAUUCAUGAUGACAAAAAGUGGCUCUAUGAUAAUGAGGAGGCAGAAUGGUUAUUAAUAUAUGAAUUAUAGUGCAAUCAAAUCUGCCAAAUCAUAGUUGGAUUUCUUUAAAGUUAAGAAAAUCAUGUCAGAAUAAUGUUUGAAUGUUUCAGUCCAAUCAUUUUCCCUUCUUUUAUUAUUGCUACUAUUGUGAAUUGAUCACUGUAUGAAAUCUAUCAAUAUGGCUGGUUCAGGGUUUAAUUUGUUGUGCAUUUGGAUUUCAAGCAUGCUUUCUUUUAUGUGGAGUUUUAUCAGCACUCGCUGCCGGCCGCUGUUACAAUCAGACUCUAGCAUUUCUACAGCUGCAGUGUGCUCGACUUUGUGACAGAACUGUGUUUUGUCGCUGUUUUUAUGAAAAUAAAUAUAUAUUUUUGAGCUGUUUGGGCUCACACUGAUAUGCAGAGAGCUGGCUCUAUUGGCAUUUAGGCCAACAUUAGUUGACCGUGUUGUUAAACAAAAACCAGCUUUGAUUCCAGUGUCAGACUUUUAAAAGAAAGCCCAUCUUAUUGACAGCUGGUCAGGAAUCCGAAUGAGACAAUGAGCCAGGGCCAGGUUUUUAAAAUCUAUGUAAACAGUCUUUUCAACUUGAUUUUACUUGCAGCCUUAUUUCAACAUGAGAUCAUGUGCUUAUUCUGACAAUGUGUUUGUCUUUCAUUUGGAUCACUAAGUGUGCAACGAGUGAAUACACAUCCAGAUUGUUUUACUUUGAGAAGAUGUUUGCUUUUGUGCCAAAUGUGUCAAUGCAAUAAGGUCUUAUACACUGUGGAGUUGUAAAUCUUUCCUGUGAUUUGACUCUUUCUGUGCUGAGGCUGGGGGAGGCUUUGUCUGCUGUGGUUUCACCCAAAGGUUUACACUGUAAUAAGAGCAAAGAUUAAAAAAAAAAUCAUCUAUACAGAGUCAUUCAGCAGACAGUAUAGUGUUCACUUGUAGCUGAUUCAGAUUUACAGGAAGUAGCAGUGGGAAAUUAACAAACGUUCUGGGUUAAUUUGCCAUAUAUAUAUUUAUCCACUUGCAUAAUAUCGCCUUAUAAAUGUCACUUUUGUCAGAGAAAUCGUGAAAAUAAAUAAACGUCUUUUCUGUUCAUGACAUUAGAACUGUGAACUUUGCUCUGCACAUGGAGAUCUUUUACCAUCUGAAUUUUCACCGGGCUCCCUGUGUGGUUGGGGUGUAAGACUGUGUCUGUCCUGAUUUCUGACUGAUAUCUGCAGCAAAUAAACGAGAACUUUAAUUCUG